GCAGAGCGGGUGGCCUCUAUGGAGGCAUCCAGUUUUCGUCUGGAAAUACUCUUAACUACUCGUCUCCAUCCACGACAGCAAAAACUGCCCCACCUCAACCUUCUGGGAAUGACAACACUCAUGACAGUCCACUUGGCCCCGAGGCCACUUCCAUCAAACCUACUGAGGAGAAUGUAGCUCGAGUAGGCAGCACAACGACAGCAGAGCAACCAACCCAGGGCGGAGCAGGGGGAGCAACGAGUGGGAAAGCCACAGCUGGUAUCUCCCUAUUCCUGUGCAUUGCCAGCUAGAAGCACCGUAUUGACCGCAUCGUCUCAUACCCUCAUCUGUGCUUCUUGCCUCGAUGCCUCAACAGGAUGGUCUGCCGCGCUUGCCUUCGCGCCCGUCCGACGCGCGCCCCCGAAGGCAAAAGCGGCUGCUAUCCGUCUACCUAUCGGUGCCACCGCUGUCGCACCUACAGGCGCCGCUGCAUCCAACCCUAUCCCUGCUGGUGCCAACAUCUCGACUACAGCGGUCGUGUUUGCACCCCCAGAACUUGUUCCGGAGCCUGGAGCGGACAAACCGAAAGGCGAAGAUGGACCAGCGGAUAAGGAUGGCGGUUGGCAGAAGAAAGAGGGCUGGGGCAAGAAGAUGCCGCCAUCCAUGAUUCUUGAUGAGGAUGUCAAUGGCUUCAAGAACUCUAGAAAGCGUAGAGGAGGUGCCGGUGGCGGAGGAAAGAAGAGCAAAAAAAACAAGAACCUUCAACUGGCUAACGUUUGGGAUCCACUGGAGUCAUACGACCCUCUUCAUCCCAACGAUUACAAUGAAUACAAAAUGUGGAAGCAGCGUGAGCGUGUAGAAAGGGCUGCAGAGCGAGCCGCUGACAGGAAGAGAGCACGUGAGAAGGGUGAUGAGAGCGAAUAUACUGACGAGGAAAGCGAUGAAGGAAGGCCUAGGAAAACUGGGAGGUACGAUGAAGACAUGGCACGUCCGUAUUACGACGAUGAAGAACAACCAAGAGGGCUGGAUGCACCUCCUGCACCCGUUGACCGAAAUUUCUCGGGAGAAGAAGUCUAUCAGCGUCGCCUUGCUAUGUCGUCUGGCUCUCAUACACCAGCUUCCGCGGUGAUUGAUCGCAACAUGUCCGGUGAAGAAGUUUUCCAACGUCGCAUGGCGAUGUCUAGCGGGUCUUAUCCCCCGGCUAUGCCUCCAGUCCAAUCAAACGACGAUGACGACGAUGCCAUCCCUGGCCUGGGCCUGGACAAUCGCGAGCUAGUUCCUCCUAUAGCUCCUCUGUACCAUGAUCUUGCUCAGACAGGAGACGAAGCAUAUGCAAGACGCCUGGCGAUGUCGCAAGUUGCGCCACUCUCACAGCCAGAGGCUGCUCGAGCUCCUUCACCACCUCCCCUUGCAUAUAAUCCCUUCGCGCCGCCAUCGUCCGUUCCGCCUCCACCUUCUGUAGGCCCAUCCACGGUCGCAGUUCCUUUGGGACUUGAAGAUAGAAUAAAAGCCGCUGCUAGCAUCGCCGCGCGCCUUGGUGCUUUGGGUGUUAAUCAAGGACAACCGAUGCACGGCGGUAUCUCGCCGGGCCCUGGAUCCCAACUUGCUUUGUCUCAAGCCGAGAACGAGGGCGAGAGCUCAAAGCGGCCUAAUCCUCACGGGUUCGCUGCGCGCUUGAUGGCGAAGUGGGGUCACAAGGAAGGGCAAGGUCUUGGCGCAGAUGGUGCCGGCAUUGUCAACGCCCUCACAGUUGAACAAGUCCAGUCCGGAAAGUCCGGCAAGAAGGGAGGAGGUCAAGGCGUGCAUGGUCAAAAGGGUCGAAUUGUAAACGAUAACGACGAUCCUCGUGCUAGGGAGGACCGACUUCGGUUUGGGGAGCCAAGCCGUGUUGUCGUCCUCACCAACAUGAUCAGCAUCGACGACGUGGAGGACGGCGACCUCCGGGAUGAUAUCGGAUCGGAAUGUUCAAAGAACGGUACGGUGGAGCGUGUUAUCAUGCACGCAGUCUACCCGCCACCUCCAAAUGAAGAUGAAGCUGUGCGAGUCUUCGUCUUGUUUGCUGGUCCUUCCGGGGCGUGGAAAACGGUCCGUGAGCUGGACGGCCGGUUCUUUGGUGGCAGGGCGGUCCGAGCACGGUACUACCCGGAGAUAUCUUUCCAGCGACAUGACCUGGACGCCACUAUCUGAGAGGUCCAUGCGUUUUUGUGUUUCCUUUUUGUUUUUGUUUUGUUUUGCCUGAAGCCACAGCAGCGCAUAUGCAAUCACAGCUUGUCGAAUGAUUAUUGU